AUGGAAAGGGGGAAAGGGCGCGCGGGGCGGGGGGAGAAGUGAAGCGAAGCCCUCGGUAGGUGAGAAGAGGAGCGGGGUCCGUGAACCAACACUACUAGGCGCGCGCGGGCGGGAUCCGCGCUGACUCAGGGACCCCGCGCUCCCGCCGUCCCGACCGCGCAGUGGGCGGAGUCUCAGGCGCGUGGGCGGACCAAAGGGCGGGGCCUGCGCCUGACGCGCCCGAAGGCCGCAGCGGCCGCAGGCCGGGAGGGGCGGCGGCGGCGGUGGCGGCGACGGCGGCGGCGGGGGAGGGGCACGGCGUCAGCGCGUCGCCGGCUGGGCCGCGCCGGUGGCCAGGAGGGAGAGACAAGGAGGAGGAGGAGGAGAGCCUUCUGAGAAAACAUCACAAGCACAAGUGACAAAAGAAAAAAAAUAGAUAAAUUGGACUUCAUCAAUAUUGAAAACCUCUGCUUCAAAAGACCAUCAAGACAGUGAAAUGCCAGCCCACCAACUGGGAGAAAAUAUUUGCAGAUCAUAUUUCUGUUCUUGGGGCUGGAGAUUCAAGGUGAAGGUGUCAGCAGAUUUACUUUAUUCUGAGAUCUCCUUGGCUUGCAGAUGAUCACCUUUCUGCUGGUAUCUCUGCAUUAGCCUGAUUGGAUAUAUGUAAGGAGAAAAAUUAGUACCUCUGGAUCAUCAGGUUGCACUUGAAGAAGACUAUAGGGAAGAAUCCAUUUUCUUCUUGCCACAAAAGUUGCAAUAGAAAAUCUGCGAAGGCUUGAAAGGGCCCAUGAGUCUUCUCAUCAUUGAGGCGUUCUUUGGAGGGUCCCAUAAACAGCUGGUGGAUCUGCUCCAAGAAGAGUUGGAAGACUGUGUCCUUUAUACCCUGCCUGCAAAGAAAUGGCAUUGGAGAGCACGGACGUCGGCUUUAUACUUCUCCCAGAACGUUCCUGUCAGUGAGCAGUACAGGAUCCUCUUUGCAAGCUCAGUGUUGAACCUGACUGAAUUGGUCGCCCUUCGGCCUGACCUUGGGAAAUUGAAAAAGAUUCUCUACUUCCAUGAGAACCAGUUGGUAUAUCCUGUUAAGAAAUAUCAGGAGAGGGAUUUCCAAUAUGGAUACAACCAAAUUCUCUCAUGCCUGGUGGCUGAGGUGGUGGUGUUCAACUCGGUUUUUAAUAUGGAGUCAUUUCUCACCUCUAUUGGAAAAUUUAUGAAACUGAUCCCUGAUCACAGACCCAAGGAUCUGGAAAGCAUCAUCAGGCCCAAGUGCCAAGUUCUUUACUUUCCCAUCAGGUUUCCUGAUGUGAGCAGAUUCAUGCCCAAGCACAAAACAGCCCAUUUACAGAAGAUCCUCAGCCUUAAAGGAAAUGGUGGCACUACUCCAUCUAUGGCCCUUCCUUUCCAACAGGAGCAGAAAAGUUCUGAGAUUUUAUUGAAGAAUUCUGACUCAGAGUUCGGACCUGGCAAUGUGGCGCCACAAGAAAACCUGGGUAGCUCAUUAACACAAGAGUCAGACUGGAGAAUGUGCAACCUGUCAGAUAAUUCAAGUUCUCACCGUCAGGAAAAUGCACAAAAUGUGACUUGUGAUCCCCGUGACAUUUUGGGAGGAACUGAUGAUCCACAAAGACCACUGCACAUUGUGUGGCCUCACAGGUGGGAACAUGAUAAAGAUCCAGAGAGUUUUUUUAAGGUACUGAUGCACCUUAAGGGUUUAGGACUCAAUUUCCACGUGUCUGUCCUUGGAGAAACCUUCACAGAUGUCCCAGAUGUAUUUUCAGAGUCCAGAAAGGCAUUGGGAUCGUCUGUCAUACACUGGGGCUACUUACCCAGCAAAGAUGACUAUUUCCAAGUACUGUGCAUGGCCGAUGUUGUCAUCUCAACAGCUAAGCAUGAGUUCUUUGGAGUGGCGAUGUUGGAAGCUGUGUAUUGUGGCUGUUACCCACUCUGUCCCAAAGAUUUGGUUUAUCCCGAAAUAUUUCCAGCUGAAUAUCUGUAUUCUACACCUGAACAGCUUUCAAAAAGGCUCCAGAAUUUCUGCAAGAGACCAGAUAUUGUAAGAAAACAUCUUUAUAAGAUUCUUUCUCCCAUCAACACAUCAUGUCAGCAGCUUAUUGAGUAUGUGGUGGACAAUCCCACUGGAGCCUUCAAAACCAGUAUAGGAAGUCCUAGAGACUUAAUCUACCACCCUCCUUUUUCCAUUUCCCUGUCAUUAAUCAGAUGACACACUGAGAGAAGCACAGACGUGAAAGGAAAGAAGUGAAAGAAGAUAUGAGCGAAGAAGGCAAGAGAAGAUACAGAUAAGGAAUUGAAUAUGGAAAAUGAAUAUAUAUGUUGUUUAAAAAGCAUAUCUGAAUGACAAAGAAUGAAAUCUGGCAUAUGUAACAAGAAAUGAGCACAUCUUCUAAAUGGGCUUGAUGGUAUGGUAUAAGUUCUAUUCUCUCACAUAGUAAUAUAACUGGAUUGCUCUUUAAAUUAAGUGAAUUUGUAUGUCCUCUCUCUUUUAAUGGAAUCAGUUUUGAUAUACUCUUUGUUCGUGCUGUUCGGGCUUCAGUCUAAGGGUUCUUUGUAUUAACUUUUUAAAGUUACAUUACAAAGAGGUUUUAAGAUUUCCCAACAGGCUUUUAUUUAACCAAAGCUUUUGAUCUCAAACCUGCUGGGGCCUAGUGAAAUCCUUACCAAUUCUCCAGUAACUCCUCACUAUUGGAAUUUGAAAAGACCCACCUGAAGGAUUGAACUCCCGGUAUGGUUUCAGCCAUCCUUUAGAUCACUCUAUUUAAGCAGACAGCAAGGGGGUCUAGUGCACCCUUUGUGAUCUGCUAAGCAGCCUAAGGUGUCCUUUGCAUAAGUUGUACUCCUAAGGAAAUAAAAAUCAGGAGGACACAGACCUAUAUUCCUUAUUUCCUGCUAUCUUCAGUUAAAGGGGGAUUGCAGGGGGUCUGCUUAACAUCUUUUGCUACCUAAAUACCUUUUGGACAUGGGAACUCCAUGAAAGAACUUUCAUUGCAUCCAUUACCCUACUGCAGUGCAUAACAAAUUAGAUUUAAAAGGCUACUUUUUUCCCCUUACAGCUAUUUCCAUCAUUUUCUUUAAAAUUUCA